AUGCCUGCGGCAGCUGCAGCGCUAUGCGAGUAUUAUGGCUACCUGCCGAGACUCGUCCGCCAUACGGGGCUGCUUCCAUCGACAUGCACCUCUGCGACUUCAUCGAUGGCCCCAACAGCGCUGCACUCGUCACUCUACGGGGCAGACCCUUCUCCUCCCGUGCGGAGCGGCGAGUUCGAGCUCCCGUCCACCUACUCACUGCGCAAACCGUUGGUGUAUGACAUUGCUGAGCUGCCACCCAAGUCGGUCUCAUCCUUGCGCCUAGUCAUUAUCAGCGACACCCACGAGCGGCAUCGAGAGAUGAGUGUUCCAAACGGCGACGUGCUAGUGCACUGCGGCGACAUCCAGGAAGGCUUGAACUUUAUGCGGGACGUCAAAGCGAUGCUGACCGAUUUUUCUGCCUGGUUCACGGAUAACACGUUGCACCCGCACCCCGUGAAGUUGAUCAUUGCGGGUAACCAUGACAAGGCUAUUGCUGCAAUGCCUACAGAAGAUGUUCGCCGACUUUUUGCACCUGCUGUGUAUUUGUGCGAGGACAGUGUGGUGGUGGAACCCGCCAAUGUGCGCUUCUACGGUUCACCACGCUCCAUCUCCAACUCUCGCUGGAGCCCCAAUACCGCAUUUCAGGGCAAAAAGGCGUGGAAGCCUUUCAUGUUCGCCUCGGCGCGGCAAGAGGAUGGGCCAGCAGCCGUUUCCACUGCUCCUCGAUGCUCGCCGGAGCAGCCUCUUCGUGCGCGGUUCGAAGGUGGCACUCCAGGGGGUCCUGUCGAUGUCUUGGUCGUUCACCAAAGUCCAGACAUUCCCAGAGCCCACCACAGCGUUGAGGAGCAGCCAGUUUGCACGUAUACUCAACAGGUGGCGCCGCGCCGCGUACUUCUUUGUGGACAUCUUCACGGUGCACAUGGCAUGCAUCGGCUGCCAGUGCCUGAGCUUGUCAGGAAGUCGUUUCGCGUGGCGACACGAGAUGGCGGGGGCCAGCCUGAGGGGGUGGUGAGACUGGAUGAAAUUCCGUUCCUUCCGUGCAUUAACGCCGCCAUGAUGGUUGGCCGCUUUGGCCAGAACGUGCUGCUCCCUCCGAGCGUCGUGGACCUGGAGCUGUGA